GAUCAGGGUCCUUCCUUCCUCCUUUCUCUUUUGGAAGGGAAAUAGCUGUAACUCUUAUCAGCUGUUGAUGAACCCAAAACAAAGUGGAAGCACAAAAUUAGUGGGGAGGAAAAUUAAAAUGAGAAAACAAUAGAAAGAAACAUCUCUUGGUGCUUUGGCCUAGGACAGCCAAGAAAAGACACGUCUGGGCUUAAACUGGGUACCGCGUACACUUUUCCCUCUCUCUACCUUAUUUCCCUCAUUCUGAGAGAUUAAUUAUGGAGCAACUCAUUGUAACUUCUGAAAUAAUCAGAAGAUACUUUUCAAACUGUGUAAAAUCAAGACACUCCUAAGAGACAUAAUAGGAACAUGAGUUAAAAGAUUCUACUUACUCAGUGAGGGAAUGGGAAAAUAAUAUAACUGGUUCAAAAGAGAAUCCAAACAUUCAAUACAGGAAUAUUGAUCAAGAAUAUUUCAAUGAAUGUGUACGUGGAAGCAAAACUGGUUUUGUUACAUCCUGAGAGGGGAACAAUUCAAUCUCUACUAGACAGGCUGUUGCAUAGGUUUGUCAGUAACCUGCAACUAACAAAAGGUUGUAAAAGACCUCAAAGACAAUGUAAGACUAGAAUCAGAUAAUGUGGUGUGAUGUCCUAAAGACAGGGAAAAGUUUCCAUGGAAACAUGCAUUUAUUUCUACAGUGUUAAAGUCAAGCAGAAAAUUACCUCCCUCAAUAUCAGGGUCCAGUCAGAGUGACCAGGUACCGGUCAUGGACGUGCGUUGGCUGAGGCCUGAUUAAGGCACAAUUGAAACCCGUGACAUCCCAAAGUCUAGGAUGUCACAGAGGCAGCUUGCUGACCAAUGAGGGGCUGAGCUUGGGGAUAUAAUGAGCAGGGCCCAGUGCAGGUGUCUUGAGAACCCAGUGCUGCAGGGAAGUCAAGCAGAGCUGAUUGAAGCCAAAGCCAACAAACAUCAUGUCUGAGCAACAAAGCCACUCCUGUCAGACCCCUGCCGAUCUUGGAACAACCGAGCUCCAGUUCCCUGUGAGCUACGUGGACUGCCUUCUGCAGGAGGAUCAGUAUGUCCAUACUCUGAGUUCAUCCACAACAGAUUUUCUCUUCUCCACGCUUGACUACCUGACCGACUACAUCCUUGAUCUGGUACGCACCGAGGCCAACACUGGCGGCAUGCAGACCACCUCACAAGAUGUGGAGGGAGCAGUUGACAACAACGCAGAGCCCCAUCGCCAAGUGAAGGAUACAGCCUAUGCUCUGUUUGAUGAGAUGCCUGGAUCCAGAAGGAACGGCUGAAGCCUGGGUCCCAGAGCCUGACAGGAGUCUUCACAGCCUCAGCCUUAGCCGCAGCCCCAGCCAACACUUCUCAGCUGAGGAUCCUUGACUUCUGUCAUCAGCAAAUAGUAUUAAAGGAUUUAAAUCCUUGGCUCUGAUUCUGACUCCUCUCUGCUUCUCAUUCUCAGUUGAGGCGCCUGUAGGACAUCCAGGAGGGGCUGUGGGGGUUGGGGGUGGAAGGUGUGGUCAGGGUGGGAUGCUGGAAUCCAUGAUUUCAGGGAGCGGUUUCCAAUGGUGACGGUGCGGGGAGUGGUCCUGGUGGGAGGAGCUGGCCAAGGUUGUUGA